UGUCUGUAAACAAUUUGUGUAAUGUCGAAACUAUUAUGCAUUGUUUGCGUAAACAAUACAGCGAAUCUCAAAAACUUGAAUGAAAUCACGUCAAAACAAACCCAAAUAAUAACAAAACUGCGCCAAUGCGUCCCCGAAGUGGAAUGGUCCAUAGAAUCCCAGAUAUGUCAAACGUGUUUGGAACAAUUAGAAAAUGUGUGCGCAUUUCGCGAUUUGUGCAUAAAAUCGUACCUUAGUCGAAAAAACGAAAUCAAAUUGGAAGAGGAGAAGCCUCCACCACACGACGACCAUUUCGUGUGUUUCCAUUGCGAGAAAACAUUCAAAAUAAAGAGCGUUCUUGAAGAACACAUCAAAUACAAACACACCGAUACGAAACCGUUGAAUAUUUGUGAUGUGUGCGGUUCGUCGUUUAGUAAUAAAUAUUUAUUGAAACGGCACUUGAAAAACGUGCACGCAACUGAGAAAAAAUUUAAAUGCGAAUUGUGUGAACGAAAAUUCGCAUCACCUGUGUAUUUAAAUGCACACAAACGGUACCAUUCAGGCGAGAGAAAACACAUUUGUUCGUUCUGUGGUAAGGGGUACAUUACAGCCAGUGAUUUGUAUCACCAUGAAAAAAUUCAUGCUAAUAAAAGAGCAUAUAGAUGUCACAUUUGCCCUAAGGCUUUUAACACUUCUUCAGAUUUACAUAAACACAAAAUUUGUGUACACCAGGAUAGAUCGCAGUGGAAAUACGAGUGCAGUUUCUGUCAGAGGAGAUUUCCUCUGAAGACUAAUCUCGACACACAUACAAAAACUCAUACGGGAGAGAGGAAUUUUCUGUGCCAUUUAUGCGAUAGGAAAUGUAUUAAUCGAUCGGUUUUAAAACGACACAUUGAAAGUCACUCUAUUGUGAAAUCGUUCAAAUGUAAUCUGUGUUUACAAGGAUAUAAGUAUCAAAAAAGUCUCGAUAUACACAUGAUGAAAAUACAUGGGAUUGGCGAUGUAAAAAUACCAGAACGGAUCAAAAAAUACUUUUGUAGUAUUUGUCCAAAGAGUUAUUUCGCAAACAAUAAACUACAAAAGCACAUAAGGACGCACACAGGAGAGCGACCAUUUCAUUGUCCUGCUUGUGAUAAAUGUUUUAUUGACAAGUCGUACAUUAAACAGCAUUUAAAGACUGCUCAUAAUGUAUUUGAAUAAAAAAAAUGGAAAAAUUUGAGCCUUUUAUUCCGUCCAUCUGUGAGCGCACAUCGGAUUUGUACACACGUAAUAUAAUCGCAUUUCUUCUUCGGCACGUCGCGUUUGGGCUUGAAAGAACACAGCCUCCCUAAACCAAUAUUUCAAUUUUUUUGCUCUAGUAAUUAAUGUUAUUAUAAUUACCUGUGAUUACAUUCGGGACAGUGGUGGUCUUCAGUGCGCGGUAAUGUCGGAUCGGAGAUGACGUCAGGUACGAUGUGGGUUAAUUCGCUAGAAAAAAAAAUUAUAAACGAUUGAUGGAGGCUUUCCAUGGUCUUACUCAAUCUCGUGCAUAAUUUUAUUAACGUAGAUACAUUUAGAGUCGGCGUGUUGUUUAUAAUCGCAAUUUCGGCACGCGUACAACAGGAUUUUAUUUUCUUUGUCUUCUUUGGGGUACAACAUGUUGUUGCUACAAGUUGGUAAUGAGUGAGUGAGGUUAGGUUUAAAAAUUAGAGAUGAUUUUACCAUUCUUGGCAAAAGCGAAUGCCAACAAAACCUGGGCCUUCGCUGUGUGAGUCGUAGCCGGAUGGUCUCGACAUUAUUUUCACCUUUUUUUUUCGAUUAAAUUGCGAUUUUUUUUCACUGAUGUGAUUGAUGAGUUGAUGUAGUGGUACCAACCUAAAUUAAA